CAUACCAUAUCUUGAAAGUUUACCCUUGGUGAAUUGUAAUCGUAGUGUUAAUUUUAAAUAACCUUUUCUAUUCGACGUUGCUGAGAUAAAUAUGGCAUUUCGUUCCUUCGUACAAAAGUAUAUUGCAACUCCAGGUGUUAAAAAGUGGUUUUUUAAUCACAGUGGUUAUAAUAAAUUAGGUUUGUACCGUGAUGAUUUACUUUACGAAACUCCCGAAGUACAAGAAGCUAUUCGUCGCCUUCCUCAGGAGGUUUACGAUGCAAGAAUGUAUCGCAUUCAGCGAGCUCAUCAGCUUCAAAUUAAUCAUAGUAUUUUACCACAAAAUGAGUGGACAAAGUUUGAAGAUGACCAGAAAAAUCGUUACUUGGAGCCUUUGUUGAAGGAAGUUGAACAAGAGAAAAAGGAGCGAGACUUAUGGGCCAAAACUCAUUAAAGGUCUUCAUAGAAAUUGAACUACUGAAUUUUCAUGCAGUCCCUGUUCAUUUUUCAGAAUAGUGUAAUCUUAAAAUGAAUCAGGAAUUGAAAUUUCUAUUUAGUGUAAAUAAAAGCCAUUAGUUAAUCAAAUAUUUGAAGAUUUUGUUGCUUUUUCCUUUAAAAGUAAUUAUAUUAAUGCGGUUAAUUUGAUGUUAUCUUCAUGUUUUCAGUGUUACGCAAUUAUUGACAUAUGCAUUAAAUCAUCUCUUUGGUGGUUCGUUUUUCUAAUUUAACCUGUAAAGAAUAUCUUCAUUUGUGGUUCCAGUUUCUAAAUUGUCGUAAUCUGUAUACUUUGAAAUUUCAGAUUAGUUUUUUGGGAAUUAAUUAUGUUAAAAAUUGAAAUAAAUUUGGAAUAAAUGUCUUUUUCUUGUAA